CAAACAGCAAGCCCGACACCAUCCAGCGGAACUUGUCUCCACUUUUACGCGUCCAUUGACUUGCUCUACGUUGUACACGCGUCUUGAUCAUCCAUCAUGUCCUCCUGGGUCCCUCAGCAAGAUGGACUGCAGGAAAUUUUGCAAACAAUCCACGACUCAACAGAUACCCAGAACACCCAGGUCCAGCAUACUAUUACUCAUAAAUUGAACAGUUUCACGCGUGUUCCUGAUUAUAUUGGCUAUCUCGCCUAUAUCCUCGCGUGCAUGCCGCAGGAGGAGGACUGUAUCCGUACAAUCGCUGGAUAUCUCCUCAAGAACAAUGCCCGUCUCAUUCUCAAUUCAUCACCGGACGUAGUGUCGUUCGUGAAGGCCUCAGUCUUGCAGGCUUUCAAUGAUCCUUCGGUUAUGAUCCGUAAUGCAGCUGGGCAGGAUAUCGUCGCAUUCCUUGGUAUCUUGGAGCCUAAGAACUGGCCGGAGUGUCUGCAACAGCUGGUUCAUUACUUGGAUUCGACGGAUCUCGAUCAACAAGAGGCGGCAUUUAACGUGCUCGAGAAGGCAUGCGAAGACUAUCCUCGGAAGUUGGACGUCGAGAUCAGCGGCACAUGGCCCCUCGAAUUCAUGAUUCCGAAAAUCCUCAUGCUCUCGGAGCAUCCUAAUCCAAAAAUGCGUUUACAUGCUGUCGCUUGUCUGUCCUACUUUGUCCCCAUCGGCUGUCAAUCACUGUUCGCGCACAUAGAAGCCUUCAUUGCGGCGCUCUUCAAGCGGGCAUCGGACGAAGAUCCCUCCAUGCGCCGUCAUGUCUGCCAGGCGCUCGUCCUGCUCCUUGCGUCCCGACCCGAGAAACUCAUGCCGGAAUUGAACAAUAUUGCAGAAUACAUGCUAUACUCCACCAAGGACAAGAACGAAAAUGUUGCUCUCGAGGCCUGCGAGUUCUGGUUAACCUUUGCCGAGGAUCCCGACCUCGCAUCAUACCUUCACCCACUUCUUGGAAAGGUUGCACCGGUCUUGCUCGAUUGCAUGGUAUACGGCGAGGACGACCUGGUGUGGCUCGAGGCCGACGCAGAGGACGCGUCGGUUCCAGAUAAGGAAAGCGACAUCAAACCGCGACACUAUGGAGGUAAAUCGCACGGCUACGAGCACGAGUCGAACGGCGCAGAUGCUUCCUCCAAGCCACGUAUUGGAGCUUAUGGCGAGGAGCUAGAAGAUGACGAUGACGAACUCAACGAGCUCGACGACGAGGAGGACUUCGACGAGAUGUCGACUGAAUGGAACCUGAGAAAAUGUGCGGCUGCGGCGUUGGACCUAUUGGCAGUUCGAUUUGGCGCCGAUCUGCUCAAUGUCCUGUUGGAGCCCCUCAAAAACAAGUUGUGGAAUGAAGAUUGGCUGCAGCGAGAGAUCGGUAUCCUGGCUCUGGGUGCGAUGGCCGAAGGUUGUAUCGAUGCAAUCGAACCUCAUUUAUUGACGCUGGUCCCGUACCUCAACAACACGCUGAACGAUCCCAAGCCUCUUGUGCGGUCGAUCACGUGUUGGACGUUGGGUCGGUAUGCUAGCUGGUGUACUCAGCCCGUAUCAGAAGAGCAUAGGAACCUGUUCUUCGUUCCAACGUUGCAAGGGCUUUUGCGUAUGGUCCUCGAUAACAAUAAGCGUGUCCAAGAAGCUGGCUGUAGUGCAUUCGCCACGUUUGAGGAGGACGCGGGCGUCGAGCUUGUACCGUUCCUUGAGCCGGUCCUGCGUAACCUCGUCUUCGCGUUCGACAAGUACCAGCACAAGAACAUGCUCAUUUUAUAUGAUGCUGUCGGUACUCUCGCUGAUGCUGUCGGCCCAGCAUUACAAAAUCCAACGUUCAUAGAUAUUCUCAUGCCACCAUUUCUUCAGCGGUGGAGCAAGCUCAAAGAUGAUGAUGAGGACUUCAUUCCCCUUCUGGAGUGUCUCGCAUCCGUGAUCAUAGCCAUGGGUCCUGCUUGCUUUCCUUACGCGACAUCUAUCUACGAGCGCUGCGCCGCUAUCGUCCACAGUUCCCUGCUUCAAUACCAAGCGUACCAGCAGAACCCGGACAUGGACGAGCCAGACAGGUCGUUCCUGGUCGUCGCGCUUGAGCUGUUGUCCGGUUUGACGCAGGGCCUCGGCAUGGCUCUGGAGCCGUUGAUCACACGUAGCCAGCCGAACCUUCUCUCGUUGCUCACGUUCUGCUUGAAGCAUCCACAAACGCCUGUUCGGCAAUUCGCUUAUGCGCUCGUCGGCAAUAUGGCCAUGAACUGCUUCCCGCUUCUGCGUCUGCGUCCGCAUAUGCCGGCGAUUAUGCAAGAGCUCAUUGAGCAGCUGGGUCCCGAACCGAAGGUCGAGUUCAUCGGGACGUGCAACAACGCAGCUUGGUCAGUCGGAGAAGUGGCUCUUCGCUAUGGGCGGGAUGAUCCCGAAUUUAGGCAAUGGGUCAACCCGUUGAUAUCACGUCUGGUGCCGAUUCUCCUUCACGCUAAAGCACCUCGCAGUCUGCACGAGAACAUUGCAGUGUCAAUAGGGCGGAUCGGACACAUGCAUCCGACAAUGGUCGCCCCGUUGCUGCCCGAGUUUGCCCAGGCUUGGUGCCAGGCAAUGUAUGAGAUUCGCGAUAAUGAAGAGAAGGACUCUGCAUUCCGCGGUUUGUGCACGCUUGUGAAGGCAAACCCCACUGGUAUAAUGAAGAGCCUCCUUUGGUUCUGUAACGCGAUCGUUCGAUGGAACCAACCCUCUCCCGAGCUCAAUGCGAUGUUCCAAGAGAUUCUGACAACAUUCAAGAACCAUGAUGUUACUGGGUGGUCGGCCCAGGUAGCGACCUUCCCGCCUGCCAUACAGGAGCGCUUAGCACAACGAUACGGUGUUUAGAACACAGAUAUUACAUUUUUUUACAAUUUCGCACAAAGAUGAUUAUAUAUAGUACCUUCAGCCUUCCGUUGCUUCGCAUUUGCCGCCUCAUCACCGCGUGUCCGUCGUGUCCAUCACUCGCAUCUGGAUCUUUUCGUAGUGUAGCCAUUCUCGUCUCUCGUUUCAUUUUGUUCGUGUUGCUGCUGUAUGUCAUCGACACCAAUGCAUCGAGAUUCCGUUUAUUGUUUCGUGCUGCACUAAAUGUCAAGAAAAUCCUUCCAUGUG